CUUGACCUUGGCUUCGUAAUAAGGACUGUGACGCCGAUACACUAUACUACUGCACAUGUGUGAUGUGAAACGUGAUGUUUACUUUUUCAAUUGCGACAGUUGCUGCUGCUGCGCCGACGGCCAUUGCCCUGUCUCCAUGAACACGUACUUGUCGGUUUGGGUGAACGUCGGCCGCACGACGUCCUUGAACUUGCCCACUUUGAUGCGCUUGAGCAGCUCAUCCGAGCUCUUCUUCAGCGCAUCCUCAAACCCUUCCACGGCCGUGUUGAAGUUUUCUUUCUGCAAAUCCAACUCGUCCCAUGUCCAAUCCGCCUUGCGCUUGCGGUGGUGUGGGAGCAGCGACGCCGUGUCCGCCUGUCCCAGCUCUUCGUCGCGCUUUUCCAUUUCAGGGUCCUCUCGCGUCCGAAGCAGAAUAGGGAUGUGGGAUGGAUCGGGAAGCGACAUUCGCGGCGCACACACCCAAUGAUGCAAGCUCUCCGGCAGCAAGCUGUCGUCGUCGUCCUUGGACCCCAUGAUGUUCUCCAACUGCUUCGCGACUACCUGGAACUUGCUCAAGAACUCUGGCCACUGGGUCAACGGGUGCCAUGCCAUCAGCUGCUCCAGUGUCUGGAUGGUAUGCCGAAGGUGGUCGGCGCGCGAUCGGACGGACUGCAGUGUCCGCGCUUGGUCCGACUGUACCCCAGACAUCGCA